UUCAGCUGAGGAGGCGAAGAAAAAUUUCGAAACACAUUUUGCUACUUAUGCAAAAGCUUCAAAACUUGAUGCCAAUGUCUAUAGUUCAGCUGUAAUGAUUUGGUAUAUGAGAUACGUGUUGGUUGAUUUCCGAGGCGAAUGGGCCGAUAAAUAUAAAAAGACAGCUAUGUGGAUAAGUGAACAAGUGAAAGACGAUCAAGUUGAAAAUGAAGUUCUUGAGGCUGCAAGGAAUUUCGUCAUGAAGAGGUUCGAAGUUGACGGGGAAUCAAUUCAAGAAGAUGAAUCCUUCAAGGAUUCCUUGGCAUUUAAAAAAGAAUCCGUUCCUCGAUCCGUAUUAAGCGAAAUCGAAUCAGCUGCAAACGAUGACGAUUUCAUCGCAGCAGAUCAAGUCAUUGGUAUCCUGAGAAUCAGAAUCAAAAGUGCCAGGGAUCUUCCUAAAACAAGUUGGUUUGGAACGAAACCGGAUCCUUUUGUCAAAAUUCUUGAUGCUUCUUCUAAAGAAAUCAUUCGAACUCGAACAAAUCAUGAUACACUUGGUCCUGUUUGGGAAGAAAUUCAUUAUGUAUCAAUUCAUGGUCCUG